AUGAUUUGUUCUACAAUUAUUUUUUGCAUGCUGCUGGCUCGCAGCCUAUCGGAAAAGGCACCAGCUGAGGAUCUAAAUUUACUUAGCAAAGUACUAAGUCAUUCCAUUACUACUGAUGCAGUUAAAAUUGUUGUCAAAAAUGCUACUGCGACACUUGAGGAUAAAACAAUACUGUAUUAUUUGGAGGCGAAACCACUAGUCAAGGUAAAAUAUCGCGGAAAUCUCUUAUACCUCCAUGGAGCUGCAUAUUCCUCCCAUGACUGGAAUAGAAAUAAGCCUUCUAUUAUGCAACUUAGUGCCGCUGCCGGUUAUCGAACUAUUGCUAUUGAUUUACCUAACUUCAGUCAGAGUCGAACUAAAAGUAUGGCAUCGAAUGAUCUUUCUACAUUCAUGUCACUAGUAAUAAAAAAUUUAAACAUCCAUAAGCCAAUCAUUAUAAGUCCUUCUGCAAGUGGAAGUUAUUCCGUACCUUAUGUACUCAAUAAUCCGAAUAAAAUUAGUGGUUUCGUACCGGUAGCGGUAUGUUGUAUUCGCACUGAUGGCUGGGAGAAUUUCACGGUACCUACGCUUGUAGUUUACGGUAGCCAAGAUAGAGCGUCAAUUUCAACGAGGCUGCUCAAAAUUCCAAAUAAGAAAUUGGUAAUUAUUCCGGACGCGCCACAUGCCGCUUACAUCAAAAAACCAAUUGAUUUCGUGACUGUUUUGCUCAAUUUUUUAUAUUCCAUUCAUCCAUCCUGA